AUGGGUUUAUCCCCAGGCCUAGCGUACCUUUUGAGAACUUUACCUUAUUUCGCAGUUCCUUCGGCUGUGACUUAUGCCACGCUCAAGGUUCUACUGCGUCAAACAGACACGGCAUUGCCUACCCCAGUUAUCGUUUUCUUGUCUCUUUUAGCAAGACCGGUUCUCUUUUUCUACAACCUCUACUACUCCGAAUGGGCGGAUAACAAAGCGGCUGCUGUACAUGGCGCUAUCAUUGUUCCAAAGAAUCCUUCCAAGGCGGUUAUCCUGUACCAAAUUUGUAAGAAGCUGGCUGCUAUUGUGGAUAAUUUCAUGCUGACCAAAAUGGAUACCGAUCGAAGAUCGCUACUCUCGAGCCCGACCAUGUCAAGUCGAGAGCGAAUAAGCGAUUUCCACAUUUAUGACCGUAAUGCAACAAUAUCGCUGCAGAUGGCCAAGAAGAGGUUGGCUGAAGGAUAUUCCAUUGACUUUCAGGAUCUUAUUGCUCGAUUUACUCUUGAUUCGGCUGCUGAGUUUCUUUUUGGAGGGAGUGUCGAAUCGCUCUCUGCUGGAAUGCCAUACCCUGGUCAAGAAUCCUCGAAAGAGAAUUCAUCACUUCAUGAUCAUCCAGCCAGCAUUUUUGCCGAUUCGUUCAUGGAAGGAUUACAUCACACUGUCAUGCGAAUUAGAAUGGGUGAUGCGUGGCCACUGGAUGAGCUCAUGAGUGAUAGAGUGCUUCCUUUCCGGAAGGCUAUGGACGUGUUCAUAGACCCUCUAAUGAAAAAAGCCCUAGACAAAAGAGAGCAGCAGUUACUUAACGAUAAAUCCCCGGACGAAGAAGAGGAGGAAACAUUUAUUUCGCAUCUGGUAACGGAGCCAUAUUACUCAAGCCUAGCCACUACAGGCGCUAAUACGCUAUCUUCCAUUUUAGAUCCCAAAGUUAUCAAGGAUGAACUCAUCAAUCUUCUUCUUGCUGGACGUGAUACAACUAUGUGUCUUCUAAGCUUUGCCGUAUAUAUGCUUGCAGAGCAUCCAGAUAUCGAAACGCGUCUUCGUAAUGAGAUCUUGGAAAAGGUGGGUGCAAAUGAGACUCCGACAUACGACCAGAUGCGAGAGAUGAAGUACAUGAGGGCAUUCUUAAAUGAGGUUCUCCGGCUCUACCCCCCUGUACCUGCUGACUCAAGAAUCAGCACUAAGGCAACUGUGUUGCCCUCUAAAAAAGCUGGAGGAAAGCCGAUUUACGUACCAGCCAAUACGACUGUACUGUAUUCGGUAACCAACAUACACCGCAGGGAGGAUCUCUGGGGUCCAGAUGAUAUACCCACAGCCUUAAAAUUCGACCCUGACAGGUUCAUAGAUGAGAGGCUCAAGAAGUACUUCACUCCAAAUCCAUUUAUCUUUUGCCCCUUCAAUGCCGGUCCUAGAAUUUGUAUUGGUCAACAAUUUGCCUAUCAUGAAGCAACGUUCUACCUCGUUCGCCUCUUACAACAAUUUACGGAAUUUUCUUUGGAUCAAUCUGCCAACACUCCUCCUCCCGCUGAGUGGAAAUUUGGAGACAACCUGAAAGGGACAGAAAAGAUCUUUCCCAUGGCGCAUGUAACCAUGUACAUCAAGCUGCUCUCAUCGGAAGUAUCUCUAUAG